AGCCCCCAGGACACUCCGGGUCGGACACAGCCUUGAGGACACUCCAGGCCGGACACAACCCCCAGGACACUCCGGGUCGGACACAGCCUUGAGGACACUCCAGACCGGACACAGCCCCCAGGACAUUCCAGGCUGGACACAGCCCAGAGCCCACGUUCCAGGCCAGACACAGUCCCGAGGACGCUCUGGGCUGAGGACAUUCCAGGUUGGACGCAGCCCCCAGGACACUCCAGGCCGGACACAGCCUUGAGGACACUCCGGGUUGGACACAGCCCACGCUCCGGGUCAGACACAGCCCUGAGGACAUUCCAGGCCGGACACAGCCCAGAACCUACGCUUCAGGCCAGACACAGCCCCCAGGACACUCCGGGCCGGACACAGCCCUGAGGACAUUCCAGGCCGGACACAGCCCAGAGCCCACGUUUAAGACCGGACACAGCCCAGAGCCCACGUUCCAGCUCGGACGCAACCCCGAGGACAUUCCAGGCCGGACGGGCCCUCAUAUCUCCCGAGGAUGUGGGAGCUGCGCUCCAUCGCCUUCAGCCGCGCCGUGCUGGCCGAGUUCUUGGCCACCCUGGUGUUCGUGCUCUUCGGGCUGGGCUCGGCGCUGGCCUGGCCCUCCAUGGCCAGCCCGGGGGUGCUGCAGAUCGCGCUGGCCUUCGGGCUGGCCAUCGGCACCCUGGUGCAGGCCCUGGGCCCCGUCAGCGGCGCCCACGUGAACCCCGCGGUGACGGUGGCCCUGCUGGUGGGCUCGCAGCUCUCCCUGCUCAGGGCCCUCUUCUACAUCGCGGCCCAGCUGCUGGGCGGGGUGGUGGGGGCGGCCAUCCUGCACCAGGUCACCCCCCCGGCCGCCAGGGAGGGCAUGGCCAUCAACAGGAUCCGCUACACCGGCUGCUCCAUGAAUCCCGCCCGCUCCUUCGCCCCCGCCGUCAUCGUCGGGGACUUCAGCGACCACUGGGUCUUCUGGGUGGGGCCGCUGGUCGGGGCGGCCGCGGCCUCGGUGCUCUACAACUACGUGCUGUGCCCGCAGCCCCGCACGCUGCAGGAGCGCUUGGCCAUCCUGCGGGGCCGCGAACCCGAGCCCGACUGGGCGGAACGCGAGGCCCGGCGGCGACAGUCGGUGGAGCUGCACUCGCCGCACCCCCCGCCCCGGGGCAUGUCCGAGAAGGUGUAACGGCACAAAAACCCCCCUCCCCUCCGACGGGCCGGGAGAGGAGCUGGAAACCUCCCGGAGCGCUCGCCCGCAUGAGCUUGUCCCCUCUCUCCCCUCUCUGUGCCGCUUCGUGCCGCGUCUCCCGGGGGGGGCUCGGGGUCACUGCCACCCCCGCUCCGUCCCCUUCCAGCUCGGUGAUGCCGGAGGGGACACCGCGACCCCCCGGUCCGUCCCCGGGGUCGGUGGGACCCCCGCUCCGUCCUCUCCCAGCUCAGUGAUGCCGGGGGGGACACCGCGACCCCCCAGUCCGUCCCCGGGGUCGGUGCGACGCCCGUCCCGUCCGCUCCCAGCUCGGUUAUGCCAGGGGGGACACCGCGACACCCUGGUCCAUCCGCUCCCGGCUCGGUGAUGCCCGGAGGGGACACCGCGACCCCCCGGUCCGUCCCCGGGGUCGGUGGGACCCCCGUUCCAUCCCCUCCCAGCUCGGUGAUUCCGGAGGGGGGACACCGCGACCCCCCGGCGCGGCUCCUUCCCCGUUUCCCCCCGGCAGGACGGGGGCCGCGGGGCCCGGGGGAGGUUGUUGUGCCCUGGCAGGACCUGCGGAGGUUGUUGUACCCUGGCAGGACCUGCGGGGCCGCGCAGGGGGGUCAUUAAGGGCUGGGCGUGGGGGUUCCACCCGCCGGUGCCUCAUCGCCGCUGAACUCCGCUCCCCUUCGCGGAACCCCGCAAUCCCAGAGCAGAAUUAUGAGAGACAAAAUCCGAUUUUCAUGUACACAGGCGUGCGGCGAAGUUGUGAGAUAUUCAAGUCCCGCUUGGAACUGGGUGUCAGGGUCUGUUUUUCGGCCGGAUAAGGGAAAUGUAAAAGUUCUUAAAAAUUAAAAUCUUUGGGGGCCGCGUGGAAAUUUUGUACACGGGGGUUUCUCUUCUCUCUCUUUGGGCUAAAAGAACAAAGCAAGAGCCGUCAUUUUUGACAGAGGACGCCUUGCAGCCAAUUGGAGGAAGGGAAAGCCUCUUUUUCAGAGAAAAGAAAGCUUUUUAGGCAAAAAUGAACAUAUUAAAGUUAUCUGAAAAGGGUGGGAUUCUGUGAAACUAUAAAAUGUAUGGAAUUUAAAUCCGAAGGGUCUUUUCUCCCCGAAGAACUCGGUGUGAGACCGGCCCUGGCGUGCUGAAUAAAUCCUUCCUUUUUGUUUUG